AUGGUCGCAGUUAUCAAGUCGCCCGCCGACAAGAAGGAUUACCGAUACAUUGUUUUGGACAAUGGCUUGCGUGCAUUGCUCAUCCACGACGGUGAGAUAGUAGAUACUACUCAGGAGGAUGCUGAGGAAGCGGAGCCGGUGUCUCACUCGGGCUCCAGCAGCGAGUCGGGCUCGGAGAGUGAGGGAUCUGACGCUGAGGGGGAGGGGGACAUUGAGGCAGAGGCACCGGCCGGCGGUGUCAAGAAGGCGGCAGCGGCGCUCAGUGUGGGCAUCGGCAGCUUCUCGGACCCUUGGGAGCUGCAGGGGCUGAGCCAUUAUCUGGAGCACAUGCUGUUCAUGGGCAGCGAGAAAUUCCCGGACGAGAAUGACUUUGAUUCGUUCCUCACCGCUCACGGCGGCGCCUCCAACGCAUGCACCGAAAACGCCACCACAUUCUACUUCGACUGCAAGCCCUCCGCGCUGCAGGGUGCGCUGCAGCGCUUCUCCCAAUUCUUUGUGGCCCCCCUGAUCAAGGCGGAUGCGCUGGAGCGGGAGGUCCAGGCGGUGGACAACGAGUUCACCGGCGUGGCCCAGAGCGACGGUUGCAGGGCACAGCAGCUGCGGGCGCACACCGCGCGCCCCGGCCACGAGCUCUCCAAGUUUGGUUGGGGGAACAGGAGGAGCCUGGCGCAGGAGCCGGCGGCGGCGGGGGUGGACGUCAGGGGCGGGCUGGUGCGGCACUACACGCAGCAGUACAGCGCGGAGCGCAUGAACCUGGUACUCCUGGGCGGGGAGACCCUGGAUGAGCUGGAGGCCUGGGUCAGGGAUGAGUUCAGAGGGGUGCCGGGGGGCAGAGGGCCCCGGCCCAGCUAUGCGGAGGCGGGGUUCCCAUUUCAGGGCGGCAGACUCUACUGCCUUCAGGCAGUACGGCAGGCGCAUCACCUGCAGCUCACCUUCCAGCUCCCAUGCCUGCAUGCUGAGUACAGGAAGAAGGCUGACGACUACCUGUCCCACCUCAUCGGCCAUGAAGGGAGGGGGUCACUCCUGUCAGCCCUCAAGAGCCGGGGCUGGGCUUCGGAGCUGUCUGGCGGCGUCACCGAGCAGAGCACCGCAUUUUAUCUCUUUGACAUUGUCAUCUCCCUCACUGAGGCAGGGCUGGCGCACGGAUCAGGCGCCGGUCUGGCCUGCGUCGAGCUGGUGUUUGCAUACCUGGAGCUGCUGAGGAAGAGCGGGCCCCAGAAGUGGGCGUGGGAGGAGAUGGCCAAUGUCGCAGCCAUGAAGUUCAGGUUCCAGGAGGAGGAUGACGUGAGCAACCUUGUGACGAAUCUGUCAAUGGACAUGCAUCGCUACCCACCGGAGCACACCCUGGUCGGGGACUACGUCCACGAGCUCUGGGAUGAGAAGCUGAUUGCAUCCCUGCUGGACAGCAUGACCCCGCAGACAGUGAGGAUCGACAUCCAGACCUCCAAGUAUGAAGAAGUGUGCAAGGCCCUGGCAAGCGAGAUCCCAGACAUAAAGCAGGGCGUCGAACCCUGGUUUGAUUUCCAGUAUGUGGAAGCCGUCAUCCCUGGAGACCUCCUUGAGAGGUGGCAGGGGGCCCGCGCAACAGAGGACAUGAGCCUCCCCCCUCCCAACCACUUUGUUCCUACCGACUUCUCCCUGUGCUGUGAGGAGGCCAAGUUGCCCGCCGAGGAGGGCCCCUUCCCUGCUCCACCCGCUUUGUUGGUGGACGAGCCUGGCCUGAGGCUGUGGAGCAAGACGGACUCGACGUUCAGGCUGCCACGCACGACAGCCCAUUUCCGGCUUUCCUCCCCGGCCCUGUAUGAUACGCCGGCAUCUGCAGCCCGGGCCCAUCUCCUGCUGAAGCUUCUGGAGGACAGGCUGUGCGAGACCAGCUACCUCGCUGAGGUGGCAGGCCUCAACUGCAACACCUGGUUUGAGGGGCGAGCAGGCAUCGACAUCAAGGUGGAGGGAUUCAGCCAUCGGCUGCCGGCCCUUGUGGAUGCGGUGUUUGGCACCCUCAGGGAGCUGGAUGUCACAGAAGAAGUGUUCGCCAGAGUUCUGGAGGGGCUGCAGCUCAAGUACCGCAACAUGAACAUGAAGCCUCACAAGCAUGCCACCUACCUGCGCCUGCUGUCACUGAAGGAGAGCAUGUGGCAGGCCUCUGACAUCCUCAAGGAGCUGGACGCAAUGACCCUGGCCGACGUGCGGGCCUUCCUUUCCUCCCUGCUGGGCGACGCGUCCCACACCUGCCACCUGGAGGCCCUUGUGCACGGCAACGUGCCCCCCCGUGCCACGCUGGACUUGGCACGCAGCGUGCGCAGCGUGCUGGGACCCUGCGCGACGCCGGCCUCGGCGCGGCCCCUGGAGCGCGCCGUGGAGUUGCCCGCCGGCGGUCCUCUGCUCCACCGCGCCGGCGUGCGCAACGGCGAGGAAGAGAACAGCGUGGCGGAGGUGUACCGCCAGGCGGGGCGGGACGGGGUCCGCGCCCGCGCUCUCGUCGACCUGGUGGAGCAGCUGGUGGGGGAGCCAUGCUACGACACGCUGCGCACCAAGGAGCAGCUGGGCUACAGCGUGCACUCCGGCAUGCGCCUGACCCACGGUCUGCUCGGCUUUGCCGUGGUGGUCGUGUCAGGCGUGCACGGGCCGGCCUACCUGGAGUCUCGCAUCCUAGAGUUCUUGGCCGGCUUUGUCUCCACGCUGCGGGGCAUGCACGAGGAGGAGUUCGAGAACCACCGGGCCGCGGUGAUCAGCGCAAAGAUGCUCAAGCACCGGAGCAUGGUGGAGGAGGCCGAUGGGAUGUGGGAGGCGGUGACCAGCCAAAAGUACGACUUUGACGCUCGGGCUCGAGAGGUGGAGGUGCUCCAGCAGCUCACCCUUCCAGAAGUCAAGGCCUUUUAUGAGGAGUGCAUCGCGCCCAGCGCGUCGACGCUGCGCCAGCUCAGCGUGCACGUCGUGGGCAAGGCGCACCAGGCCGAGCUGUCGGCGGACGCAGGGGAGGGCGUCACCCUCCUCUCAGACCCCUCGUCCCUGCACCAGCGCCUCCCCCUGGCAGACCUGGAGGCGACAGACCCCGGCGCACCCAUGGGCGUGCCGGCUGCAGGCCCACAAAGCGACGCCCCCGCCGCCAAGCGCCUGAAGGGCGCCUGA